CAAGUACACAGAGGAACAGAUAGGGUAGUGUGACCAGGUGGUCAGAUGGAUAAUGCAGCUCCUCGAAGCUUCAGAUGUUACUCUCCUGGCUCAGGUCCUUCUCCUCCACAAUAAUGGGUCUCCUGUCUUUCUCAAGAGGAUUUGUGAUGUUAAACAGAGUAAUAGCUCUGACUGACACCAGCUGCUUCCUUCAAGUGGAUUUCUGAGACAAGGUAGACUCCUUCAGUAUGCUGAACCAUUCUUCUCCUCCCACGCUCUUACUCUUCCUCCUGCUGCUGGUGUGUGGUUGGAACGAGGCAGUCUGUUCUCUUGGGGAUGGCAGGAAGAUCUGGCAGCAGCCCAAGCCGGACCCCAUCAUCAAAGACCAGUCUUUCCUUCAAGACACCUUCCCUUCGGGGUUCCUUUGGGGCUCGGGGACAUCUGCCUUCCAGACAGAAGGAGCCUGGGAUCAGGAGGGGAAAGGCCCAUCCAUCUGGGACCAUUUCACUCACUCCACUAUCAGUGGUAAUUUGGCAACAGAAAAUGCCAAUGUGGCUAGUGAGAGCUACACUCGCUGGGAAGAAGAUGUGGAAGCAUUGGAGUAUCUAGGUGUAAGAUCAUACACUUUCUCUCUCUCCUGGUCCAGACUCUUUCCUGAUGGAAAUGCCAGAGAUCAGCCCAAUUCAGCUGCUGUGGAGCAUUACGGCCGGCUCAUAGAGAGGCUUCUGGAAAAGAAAAUUGAGCCAAUUGUCACUCUCCAUCACUGGGACCUGCCACAAGUCCUGCAGGAGCGCUAUGGAGGCUGGAAAAAUGACACACUUGUGGGACUGUUUGAGGAGUAUGCUGCCUUUUGUUUCCACACAUUUGGGAGCCGUGUUAGAUACUGGCUUACAAUGCAUAAUCCAUACCUGGUGGCAGUGCAGGGGUAUGGGACAGGAGUGCAUGCUCCUGGAGAAUCAGGAGGUCCUGCUGCCUCUGUCAUUGUUGCCCACAACCUCAUCAGGGCGCACGCCAAAGCCUGGCACACCUACAACAUCCACUUCCGUCCAGCUCAGAAGGGUAAAGUAUCCAUUGUUCUGGGAUCCCACUGGGUUGAGCCUCAAAGACGCCAAACCACAGCUGCUAAUGUUGAGCUUUGCCAGCAGUCAAUAGAGGCUGUCCUCGGCUGGUUUGCUAACCCUAUCUUCAGUGACGGAGACUACCCGAUGUCAUUAAAAAUCAAACACGGGGCUCUCUUGCCCACAUUCACCCCUGAGGAGAAGCUCUGGGUGCAGAAAACAGCUGACUUUUUUGCUCUGUCCUUUGGGCCAAACAACCUGCGUCUGGGCCGGGACCUGGUCCAGUAUGGGCAGACUGUGACCCCAGACCUGAGGCGCAUACUCAGCUGGAUAAAGCUGGAGUAUGGGGACCCGAGGGUGCUGGUGACUGAGGGAGGCUGGUUUUCUGAAGCCAGUGUGGGAAAGGAGGACACAGUGGCCAUUUACCUGAUGAAGAGGUUUAUCAACCAGGUCCUGCAAGCUAUCAAGUUUGAUGGUGUGCAGGUGUUUGGCUACUCCACCUGGUCACUGGUAGAUGGAUUUGAGUGGAAUUAUGGCUACACUGUUAGGAGAGGCCUUUUCUACGUCGACUUCACCCAACCAAACCGAACCAGGACCCCCAAGACUUCUGCCCAGUACUACAGACGUGUUGCAGCUGACAAUGGUUUCCCCAGUGAUGAAACCUCUGGAGAGAUUAAAGGCCGUUUCCCCUGCGACUUUCACUGGGGUAUUGCUGACUCGACUUUACAGGUCCACUUCUUCCCUUUCUCACCACAGUUUACUGACCCCAAUUUGUACAGCUGGAACCUGACAGGAGACGGAUCGUUGCGUCCGGUCCCAGGGGUGAAGAUUCACACCAGACGAGCCCAGUGCACAGACUAUUUGGCCAUUUGGGGUCAUCUUCGCCUGUUUGCGUCCACUGGGGCGUCUCAUUACCGCUUUGCUCUAAACUGGUCUCUGAUUUUACCCCAGGGAGACCUCUUUAAUGUGAACACUGAAGCUCUAAGGUACUACCGCUGUGUCCUGACUGAGCUCAAGAAGCUGAACCUGAAGGCUGUCGUUAUUCUCUACUACCCCACACACAGAGCUCCACAUCUGGGCUUACCUGGGCCAUUGCAUGAUUCUGGUGGUUGGCUCAACUACAGCACAGUGGAGGCCUUUCAGAAAUAUGCAGCACUGUGCUACCAGCAGCUGGGGUCCUGGGUUCCAUACUGGAUCACCAUCAAUGAGCCAAACAGGCUGGUAGAUAUUUAUCCUAGUGGGAAAGAGAAGCAUCAGGCUGCUCAUAACCUUCUUCUGGCUCACGCUAAAGCCUGGAGGCUGUACGAGAGGGACCACUCUAGUCAACAGGGAGCACUGGUAUCACUGGCAUUACAUGCAGAUUGGGCCAAACCUGCAAACCCUUUUCUGGACUCACAUGCAGCAGCAGCACAGAGAUUCCUUUUGUUUGAACUUGGUCGCUUUUUAGACCCCUUGCUCGGGACUAGAUAUGAGGAGAAGCAAAGCAAGGGGGACUACCCAGAAAAAAUGAAGGCAUACCUGGAAGAGAGAGCUGGAAUAACGGGUCUCUCUGGAUCGCCUCUUCCUAGCUUUACUGAGACGGAGAGGCAGGAGCUGAGAGGAGCGCUAAGUUUUAUCGCACUGAACCAUUUUACCACCCGUUUAGUUGCUCCAUAUCCCCACACACAGAGUAAUCUUCAGCACAAACAACCUCCUGAUCAUGGCUGUUUGAUCCUUUCUGAUCCUACAUGGCCUUCCUCCAGUCUGGGGCAGGCUGUUGUACCUUGGGGCCUGCGAAAGAUCCUGAACUGGGUGAGCCAGAGAUAUGGAGGAACUCUACCCAUCAUUGUCACAGGCAGUGGGGUUGAUGACCAGGCUCCUGUGGAGGACAAACUCAGGCAACACUUUAUCAAGAGUUAUCUGCAGGAGGCCUUCAAAGCUCGCCAACUAGAUGGUGUGAACCUGCAAGGCUUCUAUGUGUGGAAACUACAAGAUCGACAUGUCCCCCAGUUUGGCCUCUUCACCUCAGCUCACCACCAAUCCAAAGCCAAAGCCUCUGUUGCUGUCUACAAAGAAAUCAUGACCCAUGGUGGUUUCCCUGAAGAUAACACCAUGCAGACCUGCAGGUUUAGUGGGCCGCAUGCACCGUGCUCUGUAUGCGCAUGGAUGUUCAAGAACAAAGCCAUGUUGGUCUUCGGAGGUUGCCUCCUAAUAACAGCUGUUAUGUUUGCAGCACUUGUCAUCUUUGUCAUCAUCACCAAGAGAAAGCAAGCGAGAGGCAGGGGGAGGGGGGUGAACAGGAGGAGAAGAAGGGAUGGAGUCCCUAUAUGCUCAUGUCCGUUAAGGGCUAACUGUAAAAGCAUUGCCUGA